AUGGAACUCCAGAUCUCCUUUUCUCUCCUUUUCUUUGUUGCUUCCAUAUUCUUCUUAUUCUUUAAAUCGCAUAGAAGCUCCAACUCCCUUAAUACAACGACAAAGCUUCCACCGCAGCCAUGGAAGCUCCCUCUAAUCGGACACAUGCAUCAUCUCACUGGCGCACUCCCACACCGAGCUUUAGCAAACUUAGCCGAAAAACUAGGACCAGUCUUUCGUCUUCAACUCGGUGAAGUCUCCGCUGUUGUAAUCUCGUCAUCCCAUUUGGCCAAAGAAGUCAUGAAAACUCAUGAUCUCUCUUUCGCAGACAGACCCAAACUUCUAAGUGCCGAAAUCGUUGCAUACAACUACAAAGAUAUUGCAUUCGCUCCCUAUGGAGAAUACUGGAGGCAGAUUCGGAAGAUAUGCACCUUGGAGCUUUUGAGUGUAAAAAAGGUCCAGUCUUUUCGAUCUAUUCGUGAACAAGAGUCGUGGAACCUCAUUGAAUCCAUGGCUAUGGCUAUGCAGACAUCAAAAAUAAUCAAUCUUUCUGAGAAGACUUUCACGCUGUUAAAUAGCAUCAUAUAUAGGGUUGCGGUUGGGAGCAGAUGCAAUGAUCAGGAAACCCUUACAGCGUUGCUUGAAGAGGUUAUAGUUUUAUCCGGUGGUUUUGAUGUGGCUGAUGUAUUUCCUUCUGUGAAAGUAUUGCAUGUAGUUUCCGGGGUGAGGAGCAAGUUAGUGAAGUUACACAUGAAGAUCGAUCAGAUUCUUGACAACAUCGUAGCCGAGCACCAAGAACGUCGUAAAGGUGGACACAUCAUUGACAAUGAAGAUCUGGUUGAUGUUCUAUUGAGGCUUAAAGAUGACGGGGGUCUUCAGUUUCCGUUAACUUCUGACAACGUCAAAGCUGUAAUCUUGGACAUGUUCGCCGGAGGCACACAUACUUCUGCAGUAACGAUUCAAUGGGCAAUGUCAGAAUUAAUGAAAAAUCCACAGGUGAUGAAAAAAGUGCAAACAGAACUGAGACAUGUACUCAAGGGAAAGAACAAGAUUUGUGAGUCUGAUAUUCAAGAACUUAACUACUUAAAACUAGUAAUUAAGGAAACAUUAAGGUUGCACCCACCUCUUCCAUUGUUACUCCCUAGAGAGUCCCGAGUAGAGUGUGAGAUUGGUGGAUACCACAUUCCAGCCAAUACGAAAGUUAUGAUCAAUGUGUGGAAAAUAGGAUGUGAUCCAGACUACUGGAUUGAUCCAAAAAGUUUCAUACCUGAAAGAUUUAGCGAUAUUCCGAUCAACAUGUCAGGAACAGAUUUCGAGUUUCUCCCAUUUGGGGCUGGAAGAAGAAUGUGUCCUGGGAUGAAUUUGGGGUUGAUCAACGUGGAGCUACCUCUUGCUAUGCUACUCCACCACUUCAAUUGGGAACUCCCGGAUGGAACAACAUCUGAAGACCUUGAUAUGAGUGAGACUUUUGGAGCAUCUCUAAAGCGAAAACAUGAGUUGCUUUUAGUUCCAAGUGUUUGUAAUACAAACUAAUGCAUGUGUAAUUCCAUUUU